GCGGCGGCGGCCAGCCCGGGAGCAUCACCGGCGGCGGAGGUGUGGGCGCCGGCGCCUGGUCGAGCCCGCCGGGCAGCUCUGGUCAACUGUCACCAAACACGGUAGGGGCCAGUCCGUCUCGAGCGCCGGGGUAUCCCCCGUCAAUCAACCAGGACAAGAUGCUGCCGCCCUCAGACGAGGUCGUCGAAGGCUGUCGCAUCUUUGUCACAUCCUACUUCCAGCUCGGCUUCAUCCCCAAGGCCGUCUUCCUCGAAAACCUCCGCGUCAACCCGUCGUCUGUCAGCAAGUUCCUCCUGGCCUGCAUCCUCUCCAUCUCGGCGCGCUUCACUCCAUCCUUGGUCGCUCGGUACGGCAAUGCCCGAAAGGCCACCGACUACUUCCUCGAAGUCUCGAGGUCCAUGGUCCCUGCGGAGAUGUAUAAUCCGUCGCUCGAACGCAUCCAGGCUUUCUUCCUACUCGCAAUCUCACAAUGGGGCAAUGGCGAUAGAGAUCGUUCCAGCAUGGACAUGGGAGUCGCCGUACGGAUGGCAGCGCUGCUCAAGCUGCACUGCGAAGAGUCGUACGUCCUGGAAAACAACUGCCCUGUGGAUCAAGUUGUUCGCUCUGAGAGCGCCCGUCGAGUAUUUUGGAUGAUCCAAAGCCAGGAGAAUCUUCACUCGGGCUACAAGACGCCAGCGCCGUUUCCCCUCGAGGAUAUUACGACAUUGCUGCCAUGCGACGAGGGGGACUUUGCCUUUGGUGCCAUCCCGACUGAGCGAGCUGCUGAAGCAGGCACUCCGCCAGCGUUGGCCAACCCGCAGUUGGUCUUCAGUCCAAGGCGGUGUCUCUUCGCCACGCUCAUCCAAGCCCACGGCCUUUGGGGCAGAGUGGCCAGGAGGGCAUGUAGGAACGACUAUGCCGUCAACAGGGCACCCCCGUGGGAUCCUACAAGCGAGUACCAACGGACCAUCAUCGAACUGCGGCAGUGGGAAGAGACCCUCCCGCAAAAACAUGCCUUCUCGGUAUGGAACCUCAGGGGGUGGAAGUCAGAGUCACUUCAUCUCGCAUAUCUAUCUGUGACCAUGGUCCUCCGGCUCAGCAAUAUUGUCACCCGCCGAGUCUAUCUCCACGACAUGUUCACAACUCCACAUCCCACUCCAACCUCGACACCCCGCGAAACUUACGGGUCUGCUCCCAAGGGAUUCUGGGCGCAGGCCUCCAACGAACUGUUCCACAAUUUGUGGGAUCUGCACGAACAGAUCGAUGCGUACUUUAGCAUGAAGUCCUCGGAGGAGGGCUUUCCCCAGAUCCUCGUCUUCUGCGUGUACAUGUGUGGGUCUCUAUCGUCCUUCCUCUGGCGUUACCCUGCGCUCUGCCCUCCGCUAGGGGAGAGGGCGGAGAGAAUGGCACAGCGCUCGCUCGAGGUUCUGAGCGAAUUACACGCCGCCUGGCCUACAAGUUCCAAGUGGCAGAAGGGGUUACAGCAGAUUGCAACGCCUCUU